AUGGCUGCGGCAGAGCCAAAUAGCUGUGCAGAUACUAAAGAGGAGGAGGAGAGGGAGCGUGGCACAAGAUCCGCAGCAGGCGAAAACGACUCUCCUAGCGCCUCUACGCCAAAUUCUACGCCCGCGCCAACUCCCUGCGAUUUGAGUGCUUCUGGCACGCUUUCUGACAGGUUACCGACUCCUGACCCUACUCCUACGCCUCCUGAGCAUCCUGCGCCUUCUACGCAGUCGAAUUCUGCGCCUAGCAGCGCUUCUACGCCCUCUGAAAAUCGAUCUGACUUCGACUCUCGAAAUAUCCUGCCAGAAGGCUCGAAACGCUCUCGUAUGAGCUCUCGACGUCAGAAUUACGCCGCAGCGCUUGCGCAGACUACUGAGCUCACGCCCUUCUAUGCAGCAUUCGCUGCAGGGCACGAAAAAAGUGGAAAAAUAGAUGGGUUACACAGAGAUACGCUGCCUGCGGAGCCGCGCAGCUGGAAGCAGAUGACUAAGCAUAAAUUCGCUGCAGAAUUCAAGCUUGCUGCUGAUAGAGAGAUUCAAGAGCUGGCACGCAGAGAGACGUUCAAGUGGGUGAAUAAGGAGGCUGUUACUGCUAUCAGGAUAGUCAUCUUUGCAGCCAGUGCCACCCCACCCAAAGAUGGGAUGCAGCAUGAUAGCUCGGGUGAGCUGUCGGCAGAGUCUAAAGGGCGGAAAUCCCUCAUGCCAAGAAGGGCCGGAUGGGUGUUGAGGAACCGGGUAAUGUCGAGAGCCAUCAUUCGGAAUAUGAAAGCCGUAGCGAGUGGGUGGGCAGUGCUGCAUGGUAUCAGACCUGAGGUGGCCUACGUGUACGACCAGCGGAAGCGAUAG